AUGCGCCUGUCAUUAAAGCAGAGGUACCUGGUCCUGCUCUCCGUGGUCGUGUGCUCACUGAUCCUUUAUCACCGGUCAAGCUUUUUUAGAGAAAGAAGAAUGAGUCGAACUGAUAAACUUCAAGCCAACUCUUCUGAGUUUGUGCUGCGAGGAAAACCGUUUCGUAUUUUGGGAGGGUCCAUUCAUUACUUCCGUGUGCCCAGAGCUUACUGGGAAGACCGCUUACUCAAGAUGAAAGCCUGUGGCAUCAACACCCUCACAACAUAUGUGCCCUGGAACCUGCAUGAACCCGAGCGAGGCGUUUUUAACUUUGAGGAUGAUUUGGAUUUAGAAGCUUACCUUAAACUCGCAGAAAACUUAGGCCUUUGGGUGAUUCUGCGACCAGGACCCUACAUCUGUGCUGAGUGGGAUUUAGGAGGACUCCCAAGCUGGCUGCUACGAGAUCACAACAUGAAACUUAGAACUACUUACCCAGGAUUUACAAAGGCGGUCGACUCCUACUUUGACCAUCUCAUUCAAAAAGUUGUUCCGCAUCAAUACUCUUUAGGAGGCCCGGUCAUUGCAGUUCAAGUGGAGAACGAAUAUGGAUCUUUUGCUAAAGACGCACAGUAUAUGGCUUUCAUCAAGGAAGCUUUGGUGUCCAGAGGCAUCACAGAGCUGCUGAUGACCUCGGACAACACAGCAGGACUCAAGCUGGGAGGAGUGGAAGGAGCUCUGGAAACAAUUAACUUUCAGAAAUUAAAUCCUAAAGAUGUAGCAUAUCUAGAUGCGGUACAGCCCCAAAGGCCUAAGAUGGUGAUGGAGUUCUGGUCAGGAUGGUUCGAUCUGUGGGGAGACCUGCAUCAUGUGUUCCCAGCCGAGGAUAUGGCGGCUGUUGUCACAGAAAUCCUCAGAAUGGAAAUGUCCAUCAACCUGUACAUGUUUCAUGGAGGGACAAAUUUUGGAUUCAUGAACGGGGCCCUUGCUGUUGGAAUUCCAUCACCUAAAGCUAUGAUCACGAGCUAUGAUUACGACGCUCCAUUAUCCGAAGCUGGGGAUUACACUACCAAGUACCGUCUUCUAAGAAACAUCUUCAGCCAAUACCACACUCAAGAUCUCCCUAAAAUGCCUUUUCUGCAUGAGAGACAAGCAUACCAGCCUGCGGUCAUUCAUCAGCACCUAUCUCUAUGGGACAGUUUGCAGUUCAUUGACAAGCCUUUUAAGUCUGAAAGUCCGGUCAACAUGGAGAACCUCCCUGUGAACAACCACAACGGCCAGUCCUACGGCUACACUUUGUACCAGACCCUCAUUCACUCUGGUGGGACCCUCAGCUCCAACAAACACAUCCGGGACCGAGCUUUGGUUUUUCUCGACAAACAGUUUGUGGGUGUUGUGGAUAAUGAACUGGAGCUCACAUUACCCGAGGGAAAGGAAAAAAGAACUCUGAGCCUUUUGGUGGAGAAUGCUGGUCGAGUGAAUUAUGGAAAAACUCUGGACGACCAACGCAAAGGUAUCGUUGGGGACAUAGAGUUGAACAAGCAGCCUUUGAGAGACUUCCUUAUUUAUAGUUUGGAAAUGAAGCCUGCUUUUGUAAACAAAUUGCAGACGUCAGGAGACUGGAUCCAUAUGCACCAGAAGCCAAUAUUCCCAGGAUUUUUCCAAACCAAGCUCCAUAUAAGGACCCAGCCCAAAGAUACCUUUAUUAAACUUCCUGGCUGGGGAAAAGGUGUUGUCUUUGUCAAUGGAAGAAAUCUGGGACGGCACAAUUCAGUUGGGCCACAGCAGACUCUGUAUCUGCCGGCCCCUUGGCUCAGCAGAGGAGAAAACCAGUUGAUGGUUUUCGAAGAGGAAGAAUCCGAUGGUAAAAUCCAGUUCUCCUCGAGCGCUGACUACGGCAUGACUGUGGAUGUCCAAUAA